AUGGAUUUUCAAAAACAAGAAAGCGUAAAAACAAUAAAAAAUUAUUAAUAUAAUACUAGGCACUGUAUUGGUGAAGGAUCAUAUGGAAAGGUAUUUGAGGGUAUCGAUGUUAAAACAUAGGAAAAAAUAGCAAUAAAAACAAUAGAUUAAAACAUUUUUAAGAACGACUAAUAUUUGCAAUGUGCAAUUAUGGCAGAGAUUGAAAUUUUAAAACGCUUUGAUCACAAGAAUAUUGUUAAGUUUAAAGACAUAGUUUAUGAAGAUGAUACAAUUUAUAUAAUAACUGAAUUUUGCUAGGAUGGAGAUCUCAGGUAAUUCAUGAAGAGCAAUAAAAACUUGAGUGAAGAUGUAAUCACAUAAAUAUUCAAAUAAAUUCUUGAAGGUAUUCGUGAGUUGCACAAAGUUGGAGUUAUUCAUAGAGAUCUUAAACCAGCGAAUAUAUUAAUACAUAAUAAUGAGUUUAAGAUAGCAGAUUUUGGGUUUGCAAGAGAUGUUGAUUUUCAGUCUGAGAAAUUACUUGUUUCAUGCGUUGGAUCUCCAAUGUACAUGGAUCCUCUUAUUUUGUCAAGAAAACCUUAUGGAACAAAAUGUGAUAUAUGGUCUUUAGGUGUAAUACUCUAUGAGAUGAUUAUGGGAGAAACCCCAUAUCAUAAAUCAAGGACAGAAUAGGAGCUUUUGAUCAACAUUUAUACUAAACCCUUGAAAUUUGAGCUUCCUGGCAGAAAAUGUUCUCCAAAAAUGUAAAAUCUGAUAAAAUAAAUGCUUUAAGUUUAAGAGGUAGAUAGAAUCUCUUGGGAUGAUCUCUUUAAUCAAUUUGGUCUAUCCGUAGAAAACGAAGAAUAAUCAGUGGAUGUUGAAAAGCUGUUUUUGUGUUUAUUUAAUAUGAGAAAUCACAUGAAUUAUAAGCAUUAUAUUUCUGUAGAUUUGUUAGAAAAAUACUAAUACAAUAAAUUGUAUGCUAACAAAGAGAGUUAAUACGACAAAUUGUUAUUUUACCUCGGCUUGAGUGUCAAGAAAGAGUCAGAAAAAAUAUUACAAGUCGUAAUAGAAAGUGAGCAAAAUAGAUAAUCUAUGUAUCUAAAAAAUAAGAAUUUGAUGGCCUUAGCUAAUAGUUUGAGGAUGGAGCAUAAUUAUUACUAGACAAUAUUUGAUGAUAUCUACAACUUAAUGAUAAGAAAUGGUAUUCAAAAUGUAAUAUUUAAUGACAACUAAAUAGGCUACACAAUAGAAAAAAAGUAGCUAACUGACAUGGAUCUUAGAAAUUUGAAUCUAUACACACUUGAUCUUGCCAAGUGCUUGGUAAGAUAGAUAUUAGAAAACUUAUAAGUACGCUUAUAGUAGUUUCCUCCAAAAGACAAUGAAUAAAGUUAGGAGUACUUAGAUACACUUGUUUCAGCUAAUUACUUAAUAGAUCUGAUGACAAUAGAGUAAAAAGUAUAGGUAGAGUCUGAGAUACAUUUUGAAUAAUACCAUUAAGAAAAAUCAUUUUUCGAAUCUCCAAAUUAAUACCUUAAUGUUUUGCAAGCAAAGUUUAUUGGUUUAAAAUGA